AAUCCCGCCACCCACGCCUUCUACUCUCGAUCGCUGAGUUACAAUUGCUUCGCUUGUGCCGCGAAGGAGGCUUCGUCACAUUUAAGACGAUUUGUUCGCCCUCAACUCUGACGGCGACAGCGAUCGCUUAGAUCGUGUGGUGUAGGUGCCUUGAACUUGAGUCUCCCGCCGUUAUAUCCACAUUCGCUUCCUCCACACCCAAGCCUUCUCUCAUCCAGAAAUCUCCUUCGAUAUGCCACCAAAAGGGCCCAAGGGAGGGCAAGGCCCCAAUGCGGCCGACAACAAGCUUGGGCAGUACAAGUAUGCUGCCAUGUCCAACUUGGUCUUGCAGGCAGAUAGACGGUUUAUCAACAGGAGUAAAGACGAACCUACUGGAGAUCCGGAGUCCUUGGCAGGGAGAAUAAACAUUAGAGAUAUGGGCUCGAGGACAUCAAGAGACCAGGCACCAAAGUCGAAGCGUCCGCGGACAGAGCUCAAUAUUGAGCGCGGAAGCCUGAACGAUGGCGCAGACGUGUUGAGGCAGCAGACGAAGAAUCGUGGGGCUGUUAGACAGGGCUCAGGAGCAGCAUUGGAUUUGGACAUUGAAGGAUUGAGAUACAAGCCACGAACACCUCAGACACGGGAAGUCUUCAACUUGAUUACCACGAUCGUUGCUCGGCAUUUAGGAGAUGUCCCAGCUUCUGUCACGCGAAGUGCCGCCGAUGCUGUGCUUGAAUACCUAAAGGACGACGAUUUAAAAGACUUCGAUCGUAAGAAAGAGAUAGAAGACAUACUCGGCUCUUCCAUGGGAAGCAAAGAAUUCAACGAGUUAGUCAAUUUAGGGAAAAAGAUCACGGACUAUCAAGCCUCUGAUGAAGAUGAGGAGAUGGAUGAAGCUGAUGGAGCAGAUAAUGAUCUUGACGAUAGGCAAGGCGUUGCUGUGCAAUUCGGCGAAGAAGACGAGGAUGAACAGACCUUUGAAGUCAGAGAGCAAGGCGAUGCAUCUGAUGAUGAAGCUCCUGGAGAAGCUGCGGCCGAAGAAGAUGUUGAAACGAAGCCUGCCGAAGUCGACGAAGAAGGUGAAAUGGUCAUUGGCUCGAAACCUAUUGAUGAGCUAGAUGCAAAAGAAGUUGGUAUUAUUCCGGCUUAUGAAAUCGAUGAGUACUGGUUGUCACGGCAAAUUGGCAAAGAAUACAAAGAUGCUCAUGAGCAGUCAGAGAAAACGAAAGCAGCCUUCGAGAUACUAGAAGGUUUGGGUGAAGAUGGCGAAGAAAAGCCGCUCAGAGAAAUCGAGAACGAGCUCAUGGAACUUUUCGAUUUUGAAUGCCCUGAUCUGACCGGACUACUUGUACUCAACCGAGAUCGUGUGCUUUGGGUGACUCGAUGGCGCAAGGCAGCGGAUGCCAAGGAAAGACAGGCAGUAGAAAGAGAAAUGAGAGCUGCUGGACAUGCUGCUAUUCUGAAAGAGCUUCUGACGAGGGAGACCGAUAUUGCAUCAAAUGGUACCGAUGGUCAGAUGAAGUUCAAAGGCGACCUAAUGGACCUCGACAUUAAAGGUGGGCAGCUGAGCACUGAUGGCGCGGAGCCUGCGCGAUCAAAUGAGAACCUCCAGCCCAAACGUUUGCUAAAUCUCGAAAAUUAUGCCUUUGAGCAAGGCAAUCAUCUAAUGACAAAUCCAAACGUCAAACUUCCACCUGGUUCAACGAAACGUACUUUCAAGGGAUGGGAGGAAAUUCAUGUUCCAGCGCCAAAGCGAGCAUCCUCUGAUCAGGUCACCGAGAUUCCCACGACGCAAGCAUUGCCAGACUGGGCGCGCAUAGGCUUUGGUACAGCACCAAAGCUUAAUCGUAUACAAAGCAAGUGUUUUCCUUCCGCAUUCAAUGACGAUGGGAACAUGCUCAUAUGCGCACCCACUGGUUCGGGGAAGACAAAUGUUGCUAUGCUUACGAUUUUGAGAGAGAUCGGAAAACAUAGAGAUGAAGUUUCUGGAGCCAUUGACCUUGAUGCGUUCAAGAUUGUGUACAUCUCGCCGCUCAAAGCGCUUGUGGCCGAACAAACAGGCAAUUUUGGCAAGAGGCUUGAGCCCUAUGGCAUCAAAGUCUCGGAACUUACUGGCGAUCGCCAGCUGACUAAAUCGCAAAUCGCUGAUACCCAGAUAAUUGUUACUACUCCCGAGAAGUGGGAUGUCGUUACUCGCAAGGCUUCGGACACAAGCUACACGAAUCUUGUACGACUCGUUAUCAUCGACGAGAUUCACUUACUUCACGAUGAUCGUGGACCUGUAAUCGAGAGCAUAGUUGCAAGAAUGACACGUAAAGAGGACAUGACUGGUGAGCACGUCAGAAUUAUUGGGCUCUCUGCAACACUACCAAACUACCGCGACGUGGCCUCAUUUCUGAGAGUCGAUCCUAGCAAAGGACUAUUCCACUUUGACGGCUCCUACAGGCCUGUACCUCUUAAGCAAGAGUUCAUUGGAGUAUCGGACAAGAAGGCCAUAAAGCAAUUGAAGACGAUGAAUGAGAUAUGCUACCAAAAGACGCUUGAUCACGUUGGCGCAGGUAAUCAGAUCCUCAUUUUUGUUCAUUCUCGAAAAGAGACGGCGAAGACAGCGAAAUAUAUUCGAGAUACUGCCCUUGAAAAGGAAACAAUUCAACAAAUUCUACGACAAGAUGCAGCAAGCCGAGAGAUCCUUAAGUCUGAGGCAGAGAGUGCUGCGAAUGCUGACCUAAAGGAUCUCUUGCCUUACGGCAUAGCAAUCCAUCAUGCUGGCAUGAAUCGGGUAGAUCGCACGACAGUUGAGGAUCUGUAUGCAGAAGGAAGUGUCAAAAUCCUUAUUGCGACAGCUACUUUGGCAUGGGGUGUCAACUUACCAGCGCAUACUGUCGUGAUCAAGGGGACUCAAGUCUACUCUCCUGAGAAGGGUAGCUGGGUUGAGCUGAGCCCCCAGGAUCUUUUGCAGAUGUUUGGACGAGCCGGACGACCACAGUUCGACACUUAUGGCGAAGCCAUUCUAAUCACAAACCAGAGUGAGUUGCAAUACUAUUUGUCUCUUAUGAAUCAGCAGUUGCCUAUUGAGUCCCAACUUAUGUCUAAAUUGGUCGACAACCUAAAUGCUGAAAUUGUCCUCGGAAAUGUACGAACUCGGGAUGAAGGUGCAGACUGGUUGGCGUACUCAUACUACUACGUACGAGCCCUUCGUUCUCCGGGUCUGUACAGUGUUGGGCCGGAUUAUCAGGAUGAUGAUGCACUUGACCAAUUCAGAGUUGAUCUCAUCCAUUCUGCUGCCAGUGUCUUAGAGAAAUGCGGUCUCGCCAAGUACGAUGUCAAGACUGGCAGCAUUGCCUCGACUGAGCUUGGUAGGGUCGCAAGUCACUACUACAUCACACACAACUCAAUGCAGACGUAUCUUCAACAGCUGCAGCCAUCAAUGACAACAAUCGAGAUAAUCAGAAUUUUCGCUCUGUCAUCAGAGUUCCAGUUCAUACCCGUUCGCCAGGACGAGAAACUUGAGUUGGCUAAACUUCUCGGAAGAGUUCCAAUUCCUGUCAAAGAGACUUUGGACGAACCACAAGCAAAGAUCAAUGUCUUGUUCCAAGCGUACAUAUCACGCCUGAAGCUCGAAGGCUUGGCUCUCAUGGCAGAUCUUGUAUAUGUUACACAGUCUGCCGGACGUAUCCUUCGAGCGAUUUUUGAAAUCUGUCUCAAACGGGGUUGGGCAUCAACAAGCCGAGUUGUUUUACAGCUUUGUCAAGCGGCGGAGAAGAGGAUGUGGCCCAAUGUCAUGACGCCGCUCCGACAGUUUCCCAGAUGCCCUCAAUCUGUCAUCCAGAAGGCCGAGCGAAUGAAUGUUCCCUGGACAAGUUAUUUUGAUCUUGAUCCCCCGCGAAUGGGCGAGCUGCUGGGAAUGCCGCGAGAAGGGAAAAAUAUCUGCUCCCUUGUUGAACAAUUUCCUCGAUUGAGUGUGGAAGCAUCAGCUGUACCUAUUACGCGAUCGAUGCUGAAGAUAUCCUUGGAAAUCACGCCAAAUUGGGUUUGGAAUGAUGACCUUAAUGGCAGUGGAGAGCAGUUCUGGCUUAUCUGUGAAGACUGCGAUGGCGAGGAAAUUCUGUUCCACGAUCAGUUCCUAGUCAGACGAGAGUACGUUGUGGGCCGUGAGGCUGAUGAAAUGGUGCAUUUCGUCGAAUUCACGGUCCCCCUGCGUGAACCUCUUGAUCCUCAAUACUUCGUCUCUCUAAUCUCGGACCGUUGGAUCGGAUCAGAAACGCGGGUGGCAAUCCCCCUUAACGGACACAUUAUCCUGCCCGAGCGUUUCCCCGCGCAUACUCCUCUGCUUGAUCUGCAGCCUCUGCCUAUAGGAGCGUUGAAGCUUCCCGAAUACCAAGCACUCUAUCAGCACUUCGAGAAGUUCAACAGAGUCCAAACGCAAACUUUCCAGGCCUUGUAUACAACCGAUGACAGCGUCUUUGUUGGUGCUUCAACUGGUAUAGGCAAGACGACUCUGGCCGAGUUUGCAAUCCUUAGGCAUUGGUUAAAGGAAGAUCCUGGCAAGGUUCUUUAUCUUGCUCCACACGAAGCCCAAGUCGAAGCCUUACUGAAAGAUUGGUCCAGGCGUUUGAGCGGCUUACGUGGGGGCAAAGACAUCGUCAAACUCACAGGAGAUCAGGUUGCAGACUUGAGGCUUCUCAAACAAGCCGAUGUCAUCCUGGCUACGCCCACCCAUGCGGACGCUCUCACACGAAUGUGGCAGCGAAGGAAGGAUGUUCAAGCAAUCGAGUUGGUCAUUGCAGAUGAUCUACAUUUGCUUGGUAAUAGCGAGGGUUACAUCUAUGAAGCAGUGGUGUCUCGAAUGCACGCAAUGUCUCUGCAACUGGAGAGUUCACUCAGAAUCAUUGGCUUAGCUGUCUCCCUAUCUAACGCACGCGACCUCGGCGAAUGGCUAGGCAUCAGCUCGAAAAAGAACAUUUUCAAUUUCGCGCCUUCCGUAAGAGCUGUACCACUUCAGUUGCAUCUUCAAACUUUCUCCAUACCACAUAUGCCAUCCAUGAUGCUGGCCAUGGCAAAGCCAACCUAUCAAGCUGUACUGCAGCAUUCUCCAGAUCAGCCGGCUUUAAUAUUCGUCCCAUCUCGCAAGCAAGCCCGACAGACUGCGAUAGACCUGCUCUCGGCCUGUGUUGCUGACGGAGACGAGGAUAGGUUCCUCAAUACUGAUAUUGAACAAAUCCAGCCUAUUCUGGAUCGUAUCAAUGAGAAUGCACUUGCCGAAUCUCUCACCCACGGUAUAGCCUACUUCCAUGAGGCUCUCGAUUCUUUCGACAAACGUGCUGUUGAAGCUCUGUACAGGCAAGGAGCGGUUCAGGUACUUAUUGUUAGUCGAGACUGUUGCUGGGAAAUUCAGUCUACAGCACACCUGGUUGUAAUCAUGGGUGCUCAAUUCUUCGAAGGACGAGAACAUCGUUAUGUGGACUAUAGUCUCUCGGAAAUUCUGCAAAUGCUGGGUAGAGCAUUGAUUGGUGACAAAAACAAGCGCUCAAAAGCAGUCUUGAUGUUGCAAUCGACCAAGCGCGAGUAUUACAGGAAAUUUCUCGAAGAAGCUCUUCCUCUAGAAUCUCAAAUGGACACCGGCACCUUGGCCAACGUCUUCACUGCUGAGAUUGCGGCAGGCAUUAUUAGCUCAACACAGGAUGCCGUUGACUACACGACUUACCUCUACCUAUAUCGCCGACUGCUGGCUAACCCAUCCUAUUACCGAUUGCAAGGUACAAAUGGUGUUGUGGAUAACGAUUCGCUGAACACCUGGCUCAGCAACACUAUCGAGGAGACCCUCCAGAGCCUAGUAGAAUCAAAGAUCAUCGAACUUGACGAGGACGAUGACUCGAUCACACCUCUCAAUGCGUGCCGCAUUGCAGCAUACUACAAUAUUAGCUUUAGCACGAUUGGCACUCUUGUACUUUCACUCGGAGCGAAGACGAAACUUAAGGGUCUUCUCGAGAUUGUGUCGGCAGCUGAAGAGUUUGAUGCUAUUCAGAUCAGACGGCACGAAGAACAUAUUUUACAGCGCAUCUAUGACCGUGUGCCUGUCAAGAUGUCCGAGCCAAGGUUUGAUUCGCCUCAUUUCAAAGCUUUUGUACUCCUUCAAGCACAUUUCUCGCGAAUGGCGCUACCUAUUGAUCUUGCUAAAGAUCAAGAAUUGGUGUUGAGGAAGAUUUUGAACAUUCUUUCUGCAUCAGUGGAUGUUCUUUCUUCAGAAGGUCAUCUUAAUGCCAUGAACGCAAUGGAGAUGAGCCAAAUGUGUGUGCAAGCUAUGUGGGAUCGCGACAGUCCUCUCAAACAGAUUCCACAUUUCGAUGAGUCAGCUAUUGAAGCUGCAAACAAGUUCGGAGUAGAGGAUGUCUACAGUUUCAUGGAAGCCAUGGAUCCCGAAGAGAACAAGGAUUACAGCAAGCUGAUUGAAGCACUUGGCUUCAACAAUGAGCAGCUCGCUGCCGCUGCCGAGUUCACAAAUAAUCGCUACCCAAGCUUGGAAAUGUCCUUUGAAGUUUUGAACAAGGAGAAUGUUACUGUUGGCGAGUCAUCAUUCAUACAAGUAAACAUCGAACGACAGUUAGAUGAGGACGAUGAGCUCAACCCGCUUGUGCACGCACCUUUCUAUCCAAUGGACAAGACAGAGAAUUGGUGGCUUGUGGUUGGCAAUGAAGGUACAAAGAGUUUGUACGGUAUCAAAAGAGUGACGAUUGGAAGAACGUUGACGACGAAAGUCGAGUUCACACCCCAGCAUCCGGGCAAGCAGGAGCUGACGUUGUUCCUUAUGUGCGACAGCUACUUUGGCGUUGACCAAGCGCCGACCUUUGAGGUCGACGCUGCAGAGGCUAUGGACGAGGAUGAGCAUCAAGAGGAGGCUGAGGAGUAAUAUUCAUAAAAAUACUAGGCGAUUCAGGAGACUUCCUUUUUCCAUGUAGUAUAUUACGCGUCGCAGCCAAGUGUCAUCAAUGUUAAGCGAUUUUGACAUCUACUGGGUACAGUCGCAUUUGUUUUACAUCGAAUUGGGAUGACCUCGUAAGCGCCGUUCCCAUAAAGAGCAAAUCUACGUUUCAUCUGAUCAGGACUGAAAAGCAUGAAUUAUGAGAUGCCU